AUGAGAGUAGACGACAUGGAACGCAGGGACCGACUGUCGCAUACUACAUACCGACGAUCGUCGCCACAAUACUCAGCGCUACGAAAGCGCGCACAACUCACCUGGCUGACAAUGAGGAUGACAGCAGCACCCAAGCUAAUGCAUGCGAUUGUCAUCAUCUGCAUCUUAUUUUUCAUAUGUGCUAGUUCCUUCUUCUUUGGCAGAACCCCAGCUAAACCAUCACACAAACACGAUACUGAUAUAGAUGUUGAGAUUCUAUCUAGUAAUGUAAUGUUUGUAAUUGAUAGUAAACGUCAGGCAAUCGCAUGGCAGCCUUUGAUUUGUCGAAUAGCUUUUUGGGAGGACGUUUCCGUACGUGUAUUGAUCAGUGGAGCCAAAAGAGACGCCAGCAAGGAAGAAAUUGACUCGAUUAUCCGUAAAAAGGGCUGUUCGGUUAAAUUGUACGAUAUGCAUAUUGAUGAUGGGAAUUCAUAUUCGUGGUCUGAGGAGAAUAAAAUCGAUGUAAUGAUGCAGACAUCACAGGUUGUCGGAAAAAUAAUGAAGAAAGCAAACCCCGCCGUCGUAUUUAUUACGAAAGAUGAUGAUAAUUACGUUAUGAGAGGUGUAAGUGCUGCAUUAAGUGGAUUUGACCGAGCUACAACAAUUGCGAUUCCAUUACCCGAUGUGAAGCAUUCUUUAUGGAUUGCCGACUUGUCGUUGAGUAUAUUGCAACAUUGGAAGAGACCUCGGAUACAAUUACAAGUUAUAACACAGAACAGAUUCAAUUCGUUCUCCCGUUUAAUGCAAUCCUUAUCGUCAGCAUUUUAUUUCGGAGACGAGGUAUCAUUAACUAUAAGCAUGGAUCGUAAGGUAGACCAAGAAACAAUGGAUUUUUGCCGCAAGUUCAAAUGGCAAUAUGGUUCAUUCUCUCUUAGAGAUCGUGUUGUACAGGGAGGUUUGUUGGUUGCAGUAAUGGAAUCUUAUUAUCCAGCUGAUAAUCACGAGUACGGAAUUCCACUAGAAGAUGAUGUCGAAGUGUCCCCGUUCUUUUAUAUGUGGGCCAAAUAUGCACUUCUUAAGUACAGAUAUGGGCCUGGCAGGAGUUCAUCCCGUCGUCUGUAUGGAAUUAGUUUAUAUGGUCCAAAGACAAGCGAACUCCAUUGGAACGGACGUCGUCCAUUUGACCCCGAGGCUGUGCUUCAGCAUACUAGUUAUCCUACUCGAUCGCCAUAUCUGUUUCAAGUGCCUUGUAGUUGGGGUGCAGUUUAUUUCCCUGAAGUAUGGCGCGAAUUUCAUCAAUAUUUGAAGUAUAGGAUGGAUGAUGUGAACGGUUAUAACGUACAGAACAUUACUGUGCCUGGUAGUCGAUCUGUCAGAUGGAGAAACUCGUGGAAGCGAUUCUUCAUUGAAUUAGUAUAUCUCCGUGGAUAUGUCAUGUUAUACCCAAACUUUAAGAAUUUCACCAGUCUGUCAACAAAUCAUGCCGAGUCUGGCGAACAUAUGCACCCGGAGCGGAAGAAGACACCACCUUCUCUAGUAUUUACAGUGCCGCUUAUGAAUACCAACACUGUUUUGGAGGAAUUACCUAACGGUCAUUUACCACAAUAUGCUGAAUUGCCAGUGUUAGAUCUGUGGGGAAAUGUGGUGGGUCACGAUGAACUUAUUCAUCGGGGAUUAAAUCUUCAGAGGGAGGUGUCCGAAUGUCCACCUGAGGAUCUCACAUAUGAUCCAAAAGAUCUUUUAUGCGCUGCUGCAUAUCAGCGUCCUACCCCAACAGAGUCUCUUCCUGUAAAGGAUAUCAUCGAAGAAAUUAUACCGGAAGCGGAUGACGAUGUUGAUACGUUAGUUACCACAGCGAUCGAUGACCAUCCGGUUGAAUUAGAAGUUGACGAUGCUAACGCUGACGAUCAAGUUGAUGCGAUGGAUCAUCUUGAUAUCGACCAACUUAUUGAUACUAACGAAGAACCGGAAGAAGUUCCUUUCUUUCUUGGGGAAUAA